UCGCCAGCGAGCUGUCAGUGUUGGGGGAGAGAGGAAUCGGUCCAGCAUCUCUGGAGCGGCGGAGAGGAGCGGAGGACAGAGACACAUCAGCUAAAAUGACGAGAUUUUAGCCCAAUGUUCCCCACACUGGAUGUUCAAAGCGUGGAUGUUUAAAAACUGACCCUUCCCGUCUGCCGUAGAUCAGCGCGGAGAUCUGACUUCAUUCUAUCAAUGAGAGAUAUGUGGAGUGGCUCUACCGCCCGGUGUUAACGCAGAAAACCACAAGAUGAAGAAGCAGUUCAACCGAAUGAGACAGCUCGCCAACCAAACAGUGGGCAGAGCGGAAAAAACAGAAGUAUUGAGUGACGACCUACUACAGGUGGAGAAACGUCUGGAGCUGGUCAAGCAGGUUUCCCACAGCACACACAAGAAGCUGACCGCCUGUCUGCAGGGCCAGCAGGGCGUGGAGGUGGAGAAGAAAUCUGUCAGGUCUCCCUCGAAGAAGCUUCCUCUAACUACACUUGCACAAUGUAUGGUGGAAGGGGCGGUGGUGCUCGGAGACGAGUCCCUACUAGGGAAGAUGCUGAAGCUCUGCGGCGAGACGCAGGAGAAACUGGCUCACGAGCUCAUCUUGUUCGAGCUCACCAUCGAGAGGGACGUCGUGGAGCCUCUGUACGACCUGGCAGAGGUGGAAAUCCCAAACAUCCAGAAACAAAGGAAACAUUUAGCCAAGCUGGUGCUGGACAUGGACUCAGCGCGCACACGGUAUUAUCAGUCCAACAAGUCUUCAGGACUGUCCAGUAACCUGCAGCCGUCAGGAGCGAAGGCCGACCACCACAGGGAGGAGAUGGAGGAGGCAGCCAACCGCAUGGAGAUCUGCCGAGACCAGCUAUCGGCAGACAUGUACAGUUUUGUGGCCAAAGAAAUCGACUAUGCAAGCUACUUCCAGACACUGAUAGAGGUCCAGGCAGAGUACCACAGGAAGUCCUUAGAGCUGCUGCAAAGCGUGCUGCCCCAGAUCAAGGCUCAUCAGGAGACCUGGGUGGAGAAGCCGUGCUACGGGAAAUCAUUAGAGGAGCACUUAGCGCUCAGCGGGAGAGAUAUUGCCUUCCCUAUCGAGGCCUGUGUCACCAUGCUGCUGGAGUGUGGCAUGCCGGAGGAGGGUUUGUUCAGAAUCGCUCCUUCAGCCUCCAAACUGAAGAAACUGAAGGCGUCUCUGGACUGUGGCGUGUUGGAUGUCGAGGAGUACUCUGCAGACCCUCAUGCCAUCGCAGGUGCUUUGAAGUCGUACCUGCGGGAGCUCCCGGAGCCUCUAAUGACAUACGAGCUCUACAACGACUGGAUCCAGGCCUCAAACAUUCAAGAUCAAGACAAGAGACUGCAGGCUCUCCUCAACGCCUGUGAGAAACUCCCCCCGGCCAACAACAACAACUUUAAGUAUUUGAUCAAGUUCCUCUCCAAACUGACUGAAUACCAGGAUCUGAACAAGAUGACUCCUGGAAACAUCGCUAUUGUCCUGGGACCCAACCUGCUGUGGAUGCACAACGAAGGGAACAUCACAGAGAUGAUGACCACCGUGUCCCUGCAGAUCGUCGGCAUCAUCGAGCCCAUCAUCCAGCACGCAGACUGGUUCUUCCCUGGAGAAAUCGAGUUCAACGUCACGGGGAACUACGGAAGCCCGGUCCACACAAACCACAACGCCAACUACAGCUUGAUGCCGUCUCCUGACAUGGAUCAGAUAGAGAGGAAGCAGAACGACCAGAGCCGACGGCCGCUGAGCGUCGCCACGGACAACAUGAUGCUGGAGUUCUAUAAGAAGGACGGCAUUAGGAAGAUACAAAGCAUGGGUGUCAGGGUGAUGGACACUACUUGGGUGGCGCGCAGGGGCUCGUCUUCUUCGCGUAAAUGCUCGUCCACGCCGCCGAGCGUGCACCCCCCCGUCGCCCCCACUGACGCUCUCACCCCCGAGCAGCCUGCUGGGGAUUUCUCUGCCUCCCCCUCCCCCACCCCUCCUCCCACUAACAGCGAUCGAGCCAGUCCAAGCAUCAUUAACAGCUUUACAGUCCAUUGUCGCAAAGCCCUGCAAUGGAUGAGCUCGGAUGAUGCAUCCUCCAAUUGGUCGGACUCCGGUUAUGCCUACCCCUCCCCUGAGGAGGAGAGGCCGCCUCCCCCUUACCCCUCUUCCUCAUCCUCCUCCUCAUCCUCCUCUUGCUCUUCCUUCUCGCUCCCUCACCACCAUCACUUCACCCGUGCACCUCUGGGUGUGCGUCCCGUUGCUCCUAAUCCCAACUCUGUGCCCCCUGGCCCUUCACCUCCCUCCCGCUGCUGUGGCUACAGCCCGCCCACGCUCCCCCACUCCCUCAGCCCGUCCCCCCAGCCGCUUGACGUCAACUCCAACCCCAAACCCAAUUCCUUGCACCUGCCAAAACAGGCGUCCCUGCCCGACGUGUCGCAUGCGGCCCCGUCCGAAGCGAAUGGCUCCACCCUUUACAUCAAACCCCCGCUCGUUCUUACUCGUCAAGAUCUUUUCCUUGGCUCCCCCAAGCCCCCCAACACCCCCCUCUCUGCUCCCCCUCCAUGGGCAGCCUGUGCCUGUAGCCGAGAGAGAGGAGCCAAGCUGACUAGUACUCUAAAAAACAAGGAGCUGUCUCCAGUGAUUGGACAGAAGGGACUGCAGGGACUGCAGGGGACGCUAACCUCUAGUGGAUCUGAUCACAGCCCCCACACCCUGAGGAGAGCAAAGAAGCUGGCCCCGAUCCCCCCCAAAGUCCCGUACUGCCAGUCAGGAGCCAUGUCGGACCAGUCCACAGGCCAGCCGUCCCCUGUCAGCCUGUCGCCCACCCCCCCCAGCACCCCCUCCCCGUACAGCUUCAGCUACCCGCAGGGAUACGCCACCAUCGGCUCCCCGGGACAGAUCCAGCUGGCCUCCACCCCGUCUCUCUCCUCUCCCCCCUCACUGGCCGGGACCCUCACCAAGGCCAGGCCCACCCCCAAGCCGCCCCGGCAGAGACCCAGCUUACCCCCCCCUCAGCCCCCCAGCACGCCCGGCACCAGCCCCCAGCCCCUGGAUCAUUCUUCAGGCCUCCUGGAUGGUUUGUCUCCUGGGGAAAGCAUGUCCACAGAUUGUCUCUGCAACUUGGACAUCCCCAUCAUCGACGUGGAACUGAACUGUAUUUUCGACCUGCCCCACAUCUCCCCCUUCAGGAACUCGGUGGCACUGCGUGAACCCACGGGCUUCAAAGCCGAGUCGGAGGAAGAGUCUGAAAGCACAGUGCUAUGACGCCACUGAGCCCCCCCCCCCCCCCCCCCCCCCCCUCCUCCCCUGGCACACACUCAUACAUUGACCUUUUCACUUCUCCCACUGGAUUGCUUACAGCCUCGCUCUGGAUCUCAUCGUCACACCUCACUGUGCUCCAGAGGGGUGAAACUGUGAGAAAACAACAAAAGAUACCCAAAAUAAAUCCGGAUCACACGAGGCGAUGGCGACAAUGUUGUCAGGGGACUUUUAAUCAGACACAUACUUUGACAUUUUGUGUUUACUGUUUGUUUUUAUUUUAAUGUCUUUUGUCUUAUUUGAUUCACUUGCAAUAUUGCCUUUAACUUCACACACGAGACUGGAAAAGGCAUUAUGUAAUAACACAAUAUUUAACAACCAGGAAAGAUUUCACACAUUUUUGUGUCAUUUUGUAAUAAUCCGCAACAUUUUGUAAAAAACCGCCUGAGCACAAAAUGUAAUUAAUUUCUCCGCAUUUUAUAACGAAUACGUUUAUCACGAAAACCCGGAACCCUUUUAUUCAUUAAUAUGUAAUAAUACAUUAUCUAAGUAUUACAAACCUAAAUGCACGUCUUCAUUCCAAAAAAGUCUAAUAUGCAUCCUGACUCAUUUGCAAAUAUACAAUUAGUUAGGUAGAUUUUAUGUCAUUGGUCAAAUCUACAAAUGUAAUUUUAGCCGUCUUUAAAGAACAGAUGAAGACUUAAUUGGUUAUUAUAUAAUGUAUCUUUUACAUUUCAUUCAAUAAAAUAGCUUAAUAUUUUUGCAAAUACCACUUUAGUAUAAUAAUUAACAUCAAAAUGCGGGGAAAUGUUUUACAUUUUGCAUUCAAGCUGUUGACUUGACCAAAUGCUGCUGUUAUUACAUGAAGUGGAAAUGCACUACAUGUUCUGGAGUUGUUACAUAAUGUGUUAUUAAAGGCUGCUGGGAGGGAUGAGUGCGCUCUGCUGCUGCUCCUCCUGAGUGAAUUUAAGAAGUACUGUACAUCUGCCUCCUCCUGUUUGUUUCCCAUCUCACAUUCCUCUUCAUCCCUCAGGGGUAUCAGUUGAAAUGCCUGUGGAGGCAACAACCCUGAGUAUGUGUCCCGCCUGAGCGUUCACUGUGAGUGUGCCAGUAUGUCGUUUUGGAAAGUGUGUGUGUGUGUGUGUGUGUGUGUUGUACUAUCUGAUGUUGCACUGUUGGUGUUGUGGCGCUUAAACAGGAAUGCAUGUUUUAGAGAUUUAGGAAACGACCAGGUUGCAAAGAGGUAAAAAACAAAACAAUCACACUCAUCUGUAUUUACAUCAAUCAGGAUAUCAAUCACUGAAUAUUUAUUGUUUAUAUUGUACAUUUUCAGAAUAUAUACAAUUAAGGUUUUAAAUCAGAUCAAAUCCUAUUUUGUAUCUAAAGGAGAGCUAUAACGAUACAAUUUCCUCCAGAUAGCAUACAGUAGAUGCUGUCAGAACUCUAUUCAACAUAUGAGAUACAUACAGGUACAAAUUGAAAGGGUUUGGAUGGCUUUUGCAAACAGGCUGGGAAAUGAAAAACUCCAUGUAAUAAGUCAUUUCCAGUUUGCAGACUGUGGAGCAGGGUCCACAGAGAGUCCAUGAUGCCUGGAGUGUGCCACGGGGACAUUUGCUGAAAUGAAUAAUUAUGAAGCUGUUAUCUAUUGGCAGGACCGCGGCUCCUGCUCUGUGGGAUGGACGUUCCUUAGAGGUGUCCUGUGGAGUUUUCUCGUAAAUGAACAGAAGUUACGUUCACAUUUUGUGUCUCUCACCAGACACAAGCAAAGCGAUUGAAAGCAUAUCCUUCCUUUAGAAGAGUGCGAGGUCUAUGUCCUUGCAGUUUUCUACUUCUCUGCUUCUGAGGGCUUAUUGAUGACCACCAAAUCAGUGGAAUUGCACAAGAUCGGCAGGGGACUGUUAUUUGUGUCCCACCUUCAUUGAAUCAGUUGUGCAAAUAAGAGCUGAAAUCGUAAUUUGGACUUAAAUAUUUGUUAUAUGUGUCAAUAUAAUAUCUUUAACAUGUCACUGUAUUGUGGUGCUGUAGAGAUGUCCUGGCAUACAAAACGUAUCUUGAUGAUAAUGUUUUUUGGAAAAUCUUUGUUACAGAACAAAUAACAAAAUGUGAUGAUUUAGUUAUUGAAAAAAGAAUCCCCUCCAAUAUCGUGAAUAAUGUCGCAAUUUCAAUAUCAAUCUAAAUGAUAAUAAGUAAAUCUGUUUUGAAAUGAUUGAAGCUAAGUGAAAAUAUCAUCUGUAUCCACCUGUACCUCAAAAUGUAGUCCCAAAGCGCUGCUACUGAUCAAAAACUCCACAGGGCCCUAUGUCAUACUGCUGGAAUAAAUAUGAAGAGUCAACCACUAAGUGAUGACAACAUUUGAAUAGCAAAUGAUAAAGCAAGGAACACAACCAUUGUGAAUUAUGAUAGGAAGACACACAUUUAUGAAAAGUAAAAUCAAAGGGUCUUUUUAGAAAAUAUUGUAUUCAAAAUAAAGAUCAGGCAUUCAACAGACAAGUGACAAAGACUGUAAACUCAACACUGACAUAUCAAAGUUGAAAGUUGAUAAGGUAAACUUGUGAGCCAACUCCUGUUAACUCAUCCAGCGUCACAGAGCAGCAUCACCAUUCACGUGACACUCCGACGGCACACUUCAGGCUCCCUCUGUGACGCCAAACCUCUGCAGAGUCCUCCCAGCGAGGUGUUGUUCAGCUGAGCGGGAUGAGAUCUCAUCCUCCUGCCCUGAGGUGUAAUAACGUCCUAUCGUAUCUCAACUGAAAACAGUCACACUCCCUGAAAUAAAGGUGCUAUUUUUGUCGCCUGCAGCCUCAGAGGCAAAAACAAGCACACCUUUCUCUCUGGCAGCCCCCCCCCCCCAGACCCCUGUCUGAUGAUGCUGGUAUUUUCGGUCGAUAUAAGUGAACCAGAGGCAAGUGCAAAGAUAUGUAUGUGUUUAUUUUAAUGAGAGUAUUUAUACAGAUAUAUUUCUGAAUACUUUUUACUAGGUCUGAAGAGUUGUGAUUGUUUCCACUACACAUGAAUCUCAUCUCAAAAAAACUAAACAUGGGACCAGAAUUUCCCUGCUGUCGCAUCGAAACCUUUUCAGGAAGCAGAAAACUUGAAAAUCAAUAAAACUGGAGUAACAAGGUUUGCAUUCGACAGCAGCAGUUUGCCAUUUGCCUUGUGGGGGGUUUCACUUUGACCCAUCCAGAUUUGACUCUCCAUAAUGUCCUGAAAACAUCCACUACACAUGGCCUCAAAGUCACUGUGCUGCUCCGCCCUCUAUCUUUCAAAUAUCACUUACAGGACUUUUGUAAAUAGUGAGCCGCUGUACAUACCAGUUCUGGAUAUAGUGGCAGGGGAGAAAUCAAAUAUAUAUAUAUAGAUAUAUGAAAAUACUGCAUUGAAAAAUAUGUCGCUGGUUCUAGCACAAUAUCGCCACAUUCACACACAAAAAAAACGUUAGGCUCAAGGUUAAUCUAGAUUUAGAUUUACUUAAUAUAACCUGCUGAUCGUGCUUGUGUUGCAGAUAAGAAUUAACCUCUUGAACCCUCAUUUUAGCUUUGCAGUUGAAUAAUAUUGCCUUUCUGUAUUAGCUUGUUCUAACACAUCUUCGCAGCUACAUGAUGCUACAUUUCUUCAAAUGGAGAAUUCAAGAUGUUCCAACAGAGAAUCCAGCAUAUUUGAUAUUUGUCUAAAUGUGCGGAUCUUGUUUAAAAUGUCAAAUACCUUUCUGUGGGCUUGCACAAAGCUUGUCCGAACAACCUGCAGCUGUAACGCAGGGGGGUUUGAGAGGUUAAAAGAGACUCUGCAUGAAACCGUUGCACCGCUGUCUUUUAGUUUGACAGCGAAACAAAAACUAAGAUCUUUACAGUUACCUUAGAUAGAUAUGUGAAAGAUAAAAAAAGAACAAAUCAGAACCUGCAAAAAAAGUUUCCCAGGCACAGAAACAACAGGAUAUUUAAGGGCUGUGAAUAACACUUUUUUUUUCCCGAUAAAAUGUCUGGCAUUUCUGCUCUAACCUGUUAUCAAGAUAACACUUUCUGUCAAUCAAAAAAAUCGACCUAAUGUUUCAGCUGUGCUACAAUUCACACCAAUGAUUCAAUCCGACCCUUAAAUCAACACAGCAUCUAUGCCAGUGUUUAGAAAUAGGGGUUUCUUUUUCUUUUCUUUAGAAAGUAAUUGUUGCAUUUUGGCUGUGCUGAAGUGAAUGGUGUGUCCUGUCUUUGUCUGGAUUUCUGUGUUACAGUGUGCUGCUCUUCGUUUUGUACUAAAGGGUUUCAGAUUAAGGCUUGUACAUACAGUAUUCAUCAAACACAACUUUAUUAACAAUAACCCUGUCGAGCAAGAGACAGCCGGGAGACAGUUUCCAGUAUUACAGCUUUUGCAAGCAUGCCCUUUGAGCACUAAAAAGACGAAAGGCCUUUUUUUACAUGAAUAGGUGGAAUGUAUUGGUGAUAGACGAUGUUCACCUCAUGGGUCGUGAUGAAGGCAGACUGUUUGUGUUGUGGACAUAUUCUCAAGUAAAAGAGGGUGGUGGGGUAAUUGAUCAAAAGUGUCAGUUUUGGGUCGGGAGGUGUGGGGGGCGUUUGAUUCGAUGUGUGAAACUCGGCAGCAUGCUUUUUUAAACCAUGCCUAUGAAAUGUGUCUCAUCUUUGGUCCUAUAUAAAUGUGCUUGUAUUUAUUUUUUAUAAGUGAAUAGAUCAACCUUUAUAAAAGAAGAAUUUAGUGGUGCCCUCUGACCUUUUUUAGUCAACUUUCCACCAGUUUGUUUUGAAACCAUCAUGAUUUACUGUUUCCCCCAUGUAUCUUCUGUGUUUAUACAGUGUCUAUAGCAAAUAAGAAAAGCACAUCUGGCUCAGAACAGAGAUCACUGUCAGGAAAUCAAGCUGUCGUUAUGUUUGUGCCCAGAAAACUACACUUUCAAAAGGACUACAAUCUCUAGAAAAGUUCAAGAAAAUCAUAUAGCAAGCAAGAAAAAACCAUGCUGCAUUUGUUUGAACCCAAACUAUUGUAGAUGACACUGUGGUGCAUGCAGCCAUUGCAAACAUCCUUCUCCAAUCUUUCCUUGUUUUUCCUUAUGUUCCAAUUAAUGGGGGCCAAAAUAAAAAGGGAACACAUGAGUGAUCAAGGAAUCUUUUGAGACUUCAAAGUGAUUUGUGUGAAACUGUAGUGGACUCUUUAAAGUUUUGGAGUAAGGAAAUGCCUUUUUCUUGGACGAGCUAUCUCCCGGUCACCAAGUGGAACACAGUGUACAGUAAGAUAGAAUUAAAAUUAACCUCAUCCGAAUGUUGAAACUAUUAAAAAAAAUGUUUUUAUAUUA